AGACUGUGCGGGACGGUGCCGUCCUUCCAACACAUAAGAGAUUUCCCUGUACUGAGUGCGGGAAGUGUUUCCGUUUGAAAUCCAAACUUAAUUUGCAUAAAAUAACUCACACAGGCGAGAAGCCAUAUUCCUGCCCUGAUUGCGGGAAAUGUUUUUCAGAUAAGUCCAAAUAUUCUAGACACCAGAGAAUGCACAUGGGGGAGAAGCCGUAUUCCUGUCCUGAGUGCGGGAAAUGUUUUUCACAGAAGUCCCAUCUUAACACACAUAUAAGAUUGCACACAGGUAAUAAGCCUUAUUCCUGUCCUGAGUGCGGGAAAUGUUUUUCAGAUAAGUCCAAAUUUUUUAGACACCAGAGAAUGCACAUGGGGGAGAAGCCGUUUUCCUGUUCCGAGUGCGGGAAAUGUUUUUCACGGAAGUCCCAUCUUAACGCACAUAUAAUAUUGCACACAGGUGAUAAGCCUUAUUCCUGUCCCGAGUGCGGGAAAUGUUUUUCACGGAAGGCCCAUCUUGACAGACAUCGGAUAUCACACUCAGGUGAGAAGCCGUAUUCCUGUACUGAGUGUGGGAAAUGUUUUGGGCACAAAAGAGAACUUGUCGCACAUCAGAACUCUCACACGGGGGAGAAGCCGUUUUCCUGUCCUGAGUGCGGGAAAUGUUUUUCGAGGAAAUCCAAUUGUCACACACACAAGAAACUGCAUACGGGAGAAAAGCCGUAUUCCUGUAUUGAGUGCGGGAAAUGUUUUGUAAAAAAUUCAAAACUUGUCACGCAUCAGAGGUCUCACACGGGCGAAAAGCCGUAUUGUUGUCCUGAGUGCGGGAAAUGUUUUUCAGAUAAGUGCAAUGUUUAUAAACACAUCAAAUUUCACAUGGGAAAGACGCCGUAUUCCUGUUCUGAGUGCGGGAAAUGUUUUGUACAAAAAUCUGAAUUUGUUGCACAUCAGAGGUCUCACACGGGGGAGAAGCCAUUUUCCUGUCCUGAAUGUGGGAAACGUUUUUCACGAACGAGCAACCUUUACAGACAUCAGAGAUUGCACACAGCAGAAAAGCCGUAUUCCUGUACUGAGUGAGGGAAAUGUUUUGUACAAAAGUCACAACUUGUCAUUCAUCAGGGGUCUCAUACGGGGGGGGUUAAAGCCGUAUUGUUGUCCUAAGUGCAAGAAAUGUUUCUCAGAUAAGUACAGUUUAAAUAAACACUGGAAAUCUC